UUGUGAUAAACUUAUUAAAUAGAUUGGUUAUGGGUACGAAAGUUUUAAUUGGACUGAUAGUGUCUGGAUUAGCGUUACUGACAGUUGGUCUGUCAUUAUUGUUCGGAUACCCUUCUAUCUACUGCAGGCAAACUUCCCUGAUAAGAGGCACAGAUGCGUAUGAGGAGUGGGUCCAGCCGGAUUUGCCAAGGUACAUGAAGUACCACAUGUUCAGCUACAACAACUCGGAGGAGUUCAUCAGCGGACUGGACGACAAACCGAGUCUGGAGGAAGUCGGCAUUCUCUCUUACAGAGAGGUUUCGGAGAAGUUGGACGUGGACUAUGGGAAGAAGAGUGCCUCUGUGGUGUAUGUGAACAACAAGCAGUACAUUUUCGACCCCCUCUCCUCCACCAUGAACGAGAGUGACGUCAUCAAUGUGCCUAACAUCAUGCUAUUCACUGUGAUCUCAACCGCCCCCCUGAUGGAACGUGCAAUCGUGGAACUGAAGUUGAAUGAGUGGGCGCGCGAGAAUGACUCAUCCUUGCAGAAUGCAGUGUCCCCCUUCUAUGACGUGGAGGCAGCUGAAUUCCUCUGGGGACGUAAUAAUAAUUCGCUUCUGGUCAAUUUGCAGAAAUUGGUGGGAGGACCUAACAGUUUCGGAAUGCAGGCAAACAACUCGAAUGAUGGCCAGUACAAGAUUCGAACAGGGAAGGGAAAUCUGAAUCACAGACGAGGAAAAAUCAUAAAGUGGAACGACGCCACCAACGUGUCCUUCUGGAGCGAUACUUACAGCAACAUGAUCAACGGUACAGACGGUCAGGUGUUCCCGGCUGAUGUGAACAAGAACAAGAGACUGUAUGUGUUUGACUCGGACAUGUGCAGGAGUUUGUAUCUGUUGAGAGAUACUGAGAACCCUGUGGAUGAGGUUGAAGGUCUGCGUACUACGAAGUUCACAGUGCCGAGUCAAUUGUUCAAAGUGGACUUUGAAGACAAUGCGGCCUUCUGUAAGCAGGGUGAUGUGAACUUGUGUCUUGGAAAUGGCCUCAUAGACGUGUCCAAAUGCCAAAGCUACAUGGUGGAGUACAGGACGGGUCAGCCGAUGGACAUAAGCAUCAUCAUGUCUGCGCCUCACUUCCUUUACGCGGACAACUCCACCAUCAACAGUAUCAUUGGACUCUCACCUCCCGACAAAGACCUCCACGAGACAUACGUCACCAUAAAUACCGAGUCUGGAGUUGCGAUCUCAGCUGCGAAGCGUGUGCAAGUGAACACUCAGAUGAGGAAGUUCCACCUGGACAGUCUGAAGAGUCUUCCUAGCGACUGGACCUACAUCCUCCCACUCUUCUGGGCCGAGGAGAUUUUGGAAGUGGAUUCGGACGUAGUGAGUGAGCUGAAAAACAGUCACAAUUUGUACAUCGCUUCAACCGUGGCGUCUCUCGUCCUCAUCGCAAUCGGAGUCGUUCUUCUCAUUGGAGCUCUCGCCUCAGUCAUGUUCUUCGACAAGAAGAAGAAAGACUACGAACUGGUUGCUGAAGAUUUGGAAAGAGACGCGGAUACAGUGCCUAUUCAUGCUGUAGAACACUAGCACCCAAAAUAGUUUUAGACAAUUUUUUCAUUUACUGAACUUACACUAAUUUUUGGUCAUAAUUUGUUCAUGGUACAACUAUGGUCAUAGUUUGAUUGUGAUACAAGUCUGGUCAUAAAUUAAUCAUGGUUAAAGUAUGGUCAUACUUUUGGCCAUGACACAAGUGAAAGUUAUUAUUGUCUAUCAUAUCAGUAUAUGUGAAACUAAAAGAGGUGCUAUAAUGCAAAUUACAUUUUCUUUAUUUUCGGUUAAUUCGAAAAAAUUGGGUUUUUUAAUUACUGAAUGAGAUGCAAAUAUA